AUGUGCGCAUAUGAUGGACCACCCAAUUGGAACAUGGAUGGGAGUAGACGCUUUGAUUCGCCCAACAGCGAUCUACCGCUUCCUCAAAAAAGCCCGAAAUCGUUCUCUGAUAUCAAGGAAUUGUCCAGGACUCCCAUGGCAUUUUUGAAUAUGGAUCCUGGUGACAGCCAAGCUCCGUCUGAAGCCUCUGUAUUGGCGAUUCCUUCGACGGCUAUAUCCUCGAUGCCUAUUCAUAUGCCUCCUCCUCGUUAUAACACCAUAUCUACACCUUCUCUUAAUGUGCGAAUGGAUGGUUUACCACCCCUUUAUGCGCCAACAGAUGUGGCUGUGACAAUUCAGACUCUCAAACGCAGAGUUGAUGUUCUGGAAGCGAAUCUUCACGAUGAUGCACAAAAUGCCCAAGAUGUUAUAAGUCUCGCAGUGGCUGAAGAUGGACGAAAUGCCAUCAGUUUUGGUGUCAAGAAAAAUAGAAUGCUGGCCCUUGGCUCUUUCAAAGGACCUGUCGUCUGGAAAAGAGACCCGUUCAUGCAGACGUUAUUUACAAGCUUCCGCUCCAUCAAGAAUAGGUUGGAGACCAAGAUUCUGGCCGGAGGUAAGAAGUUGCAGGAUAAAGAUAAUGGACCUAGAUAUCUUGUGGGUCUUAAGAACAUGGAGAGGCAGGUGAAAUUACGGAAAAAGAUGAAUAAGAUGAAGGUAUCUCGGCCAGAAGAUUAUGGUUCUCUUCGUACUAAAAUGGAAUCGAUGUUUCCGCCGGAGAAUAUCUUCAAAUGGCAUCUUGAACGGUUCUUCCAUUAUAUUUAUCCGUUUUAUCCGAUUUUUGACGAGUAUACAGUGAAGAGCUAUGCUGAUAGGAUUGUGAAAUACCAACAUCCAGAUCACAAAGUGGUUCUUGACAUCGAAGACAAAUCUGAUAUCGUUAGAGCUGCCACUCUAUUAUUAAUACUCAGGUUAUCCUACAUUUCGCUCUACCUAGAGACAGAAACUGAGAACCCUUUUGUCUCCAGGAAAGAGCAUCUGGAUAUUCUCCUUCAUCCUAUUGAAGCCAAUGCUAUUGUUUUGGUCCGAAUGACUCUUGAAAAGGUUAACUUCUUAAGGAAAACCUCCUUGGAAGAUUUUCAAUUGCUCCUUCUUAUGAGAAUGUAUCAAAUUAUUGCUCCCGAGGAUGGUGACGGUGGAGAUUAUACCGAUGGAACGGUAUUCGUGGGCUUGUUGACAUCCACUGCCAUGUGCAUAGGUUUAAAUAGAAAAGUGGACCUGCCUUUGAAUACAGAAACGUUUGCGCGUAGUAAUGAUUCUUUCCAAGACCUCUGGGCUAAACUAUGGAAAGUGUGUUUGGGAUGUGAUUUAGAACUAUCUGUUGUCUACGGAAAAAAGCCUUAUCUUGAAGGUAGUGACAGUGAUAAUCCCUCACCUACGGUGGUUAUUCGCAAUUCCAACUUGCCGAACUUUAAUAUAGACCGAUUCUCCAUCGGCAGUCUUGCCAAAUUCGGUCAGAUUUACGCUCCUUUAUAUGAUCUUGUCAGGAUGUUGCAUCGAGUCUCUAAUUUCCCCACAGUAUUGGAAGUCCAAGAAAAGGUGGCUUCCACUAUAUUCCUUUGUGAGAGAUUGUAUCCGAUUCGGAACUUGUUUGCAAAUGCUCCCCAGUAUAUGCGUUACGAUGAUGUGUCAUUGGAAAUUGUCAACACGGUGAAGGCCCGACUGGUAGUCGAUCCAUUUCUUCUUAAUGUAAAUUACUAUUUGUUGGUUCAUUUUGAAAAGAGGAAUGCUUUGAAUAACUUUCUUUCUGCUUUUGAUAGUGCCGUCGAUUUGUCAUUGGAUUGUAUGAGAUUGGCGAUUCGUUCUUUCAACAGCUUGUUCAAUGUGAUGAGUGUUCAUGCGUUGAUGUUGACACCGUAUAUUCUUCAGGCUGUCGGUAAAGUGUCACAAUUUUUUCUCUAUUUUGCAGUGCAUCUUCUUGUAGUCAAGGCUCGUUUGGAAAAGCGUUUAGCAGGUGACUCUGAGAGGAAAGCUGAAGAGGCUGCAAAAGAUCAGAUUGAGAAGUUGAUCGGAAGAGUGGCUAAAGUGAUGAAAUUGAUCAUCAAAUGUACGUCAAUCUCAUUGGAUCAUUAUUAUUCGUCGUUCCGAGGUUACGGUGCUUAUGCUUGUAUGAUUGGAUGGAUCGAAAAUGGAGGCAAGCCGAUCUUAAACUUUGAUGAUGAGCGGUGGGAAAUGUAUCCUAACUUGCUUGAGAAAUUCAAUUGUGAGCAUUUUAGAAAGCUGAAUGAGAAGCUGGAAAGUUUUCUUGAAGAGGAUUAUUGUAAGGUGUUAUCAGUCAGAAAUAAGAGAUGGACUUCGGACGGUGAUGCUAAAGGUGUGGUAUCUUUAGAGAAGGAGAGUAUGAAGAUGAAAACCGACGGUAAAGGGGUGACGAUUGGCGAUUAUGUUGAUGAUAAAAGUAAUGGUGAUCCUGGGGAGCAGAUUACUACUGAUGUCACCAACAUCCAAGAAGAAUUCCCUGUCUCGUCCAAUGGGACAUCUGACAUUGUAGACCCGGACUUCCUCCUUACGAAUCCUUCAUUUGGCGAUACGGAUUUGGAGGAAUGGCUGGAAAACCCAGAAUUCAUGGACUCUUUAGAUAUGCUUGCCGAUUUCGGGCUUUCAUCGUUUUAG